AUGCAGAAACUGAGCGAGUUCUUCUCCGGCGACGGCGACGGCGACGAUAGAACCGAUAACUUCCUUGAAGAUGGAUCGGAAGGUCUCUGUUCUCUCUCCCCCACCCAGAGAAUGUACGGAUUCGCCGCAUCUUUGGCCACUGGUUUGCUUCUAAUGUUUCUGAGAUCACAUGUUUUCUUUGGCAGCACAGCCUUCCUCAUGGGACCUGAGCAACAGAUAAAUAUGAUGUUUGACCCUGUUCGUCUCUACGCUACAUCCAUUUACAUCGGAUGUGUCGUUGUUGCACUCAUUUGCGCUCUCUUGAUUCACAGCAAAAUUUUGACUGUCCUUGCCAUCCUAUGUGAGAUUUGUGCACUUAUUUGGUAUAGCCUCAGUUACAUUCCAUUCGCAAGGAGAAUGGUCUCUGAAAUAAUGAUCCGACUCUGUGACACUGAGCUAUAG